AUGUGGCGGCAGCUGGGCUCUGGAUGCGGGCUCCUGAGCGCCUUGCCUUCGGGUCCCUAAUUCCCGGCCUCUGAUGACCAGGGGAAGCCUGGCGGGCCCUGGUGCCAGGAGCGUGCCGCCCCGCCCCCUGCACGCCAGCUGCAGCACGAGAAUUCAAGCUAACCGAGGGUCCAAACAUUCAUCCAGUGGCUGGCCACCAUGCCGCGUUCCUUCCUGGUCAAGAGCAAGAAGGCGCACAGCUACCACCAGCCGCGUUCCCCGGGGCCAGACUACUCCCUCAGUCUGGAGACUGUGCCCGCGCCCGGCAGAGCAGAUGACCCUGUGAGUGCAGGCGAGGAGAAGAAUGAACCCCAAGACCGUUUGUCCCCCGACUCUCAGCUAACCGAAGCUCAAGACAAAGCCUCUACGUCCCCUGACAGCUGCGAAGGCAGCAUUUGUGACCCGAGCUCCGAGUUCGAGGACUUCUGGAGGCCUCCUUCUCCCUCGGUUUCUCCAGGCUCCGAGAAGUCGUUAAGCCGCUCUCUGGACGAAGUUCAGCCCUACACCCUGCCUUUCAAGCCCUAUGCGUGGAGCGGCUUCGCAGGGUCCGACCUGCGGCACCUGGUGCAGAGCUACCGGCAGUGCACCGCCUUGGAGCGCAGCGCAGGCCUGAGCCUCUUUUGCGAGCGUGGCGCCGAGCCGGGCCACCCCGCCGCGAUGUACGGCCCUGAGCCGGCGGCGGGUGGAGCCGGUGCGGGGCCACCUAGGAGCUGCGGAGCCCCAGGAGGAGGCAGCAGUGGCGCAGGCCUGGGGCUCUACGGAGACUUCGGUCCUGGGGCGGCCGGGCUGUAUGAACGACCGAAUGCAGCAGCCGGCCGGCUGUACCAAGACCGCGGCCACGAGAUCCACGCAGACAAGAGCGUGGGCGUCAAGGUAGAGUCAGAGCUCCUGUGUACCCGCCUGCUGCUGGGCGGUGGCUCCUACAAAUGCAUCAAAUGCAGCAAGGUGUUCUCCACACCGCACGGGCUGGAGGUGCACGUGCGCCGGUCCCACAGCGGCACGAGACCAUUUGCGUGCGAGAUGUGCGGCAAAACUUUCGGGCACGCGGUGAGCCUAGAGCAGCACAAGGCCGUGCACUCUCAGGAACGGAGCUUUGACUGUAAAAUCUGUGGCAAGAGCUUCAAGAGGUCAUCCACACUGUCUACACACCUGCUCAUUCACUCAGACACCCGGCCUUACCCCUGUCAGUACUGUGGCAAGAGGUUCCACCAGAAGUCCGACAUGAAGAAACAUACCUUCAUCCACACAGGUGAGAAGCCCCACAAAUGCCAGGUGUGUGGUAAAGCAUUCAGUCAGAGCUCCAACCUCAUCACUCACAGCAGGAAGCACACGGGUUUCAAGCCCUUUGGCUGUGACCUGUGUGGGAAGGGCUUCCAAAGGAAGGUGGAUCUCAGGAGGCACCGGGAGACACAGCACGGAGUCAAAUGAGUAACUUGACCUUCUGGGACACCAGCUGUGAACACUACUGUUGAGGACACCUUCCCUGCCUGCCCCCUCGCUCAGGCCCUGAAUCCAGUGUGCAAAGUUCACUAUGGCUGUUCCCCUUCACCUUUCUUCCCAAAGCUGCUGGAAGAGAUGAACUCCCUUUUCAAAGGUCAGCUCCGAGUGGGAACCACAGCUUUGGGCUUCCCUACAAGCUGAAGAUAAGGAUCCAAUGAAAUCACACGCCUUCCAGUCCUUCCCUUUUCUGCCCAGUCUAACAGGCAGGAAAGAACUCUGGGCAGCUGCUAACAGGAGGCAUCACCUCUUAAACUUUGGAUGCAGCUGAUGCUCCAUAAUUUAGAAAGAACAGCAGUACUCUGUUCUUCUUCUGGGUAGCCAGCGGACCCUUUUCUCCUCCCAAGAAAACUGGUUUAGGGAAGGGACCUCAUUUCCCUUGAAAUCACCAGGUUGGAGGAAGCUGGGACAGUGGACUUGGUGAUGAGAGGGAGUCAGAGAUCCUCUGUGGUGCCAUCAGAGGAGGUAGAACUGUGGGUUAGUUUCUGGGAACAGCAUGUCUUUCUUUCAUUUAUUCAACAAGUCUUUAUUGACUACAGUAAGGGACCAUGCUAGAUCCUGGGGAGCCAGAGACUAAAGUCACCACCGCUGUGCCUCAAAAGCUAGAGACUGUGUUCUUCUCCUCCAAGGGGUUUCUGAGAAGGCCACACAAAUACUCAGACUUCCUUUUUGACUCUUUUGGAGCUUUUCAAGUGCAAACAAAAAGCAACUGGAGGGUUGUUUGAAAAAUUCAUGAGCAAAUCCAGUUUUUAUAAGAUGUCUGGGCUGGUAGAUGUGGGGCAAAGGCUGUGACCUCAACUCCUGCCCCUUGUGUAUCAGCUAGGGAAAAAUUAGUAUUUCUACUGUGAGGGUUGUAAAUGUGUCUAAAUCUCCCUGAGUGUGUUAUGUAUGUUAGAUAUUUAUUAGAAUGUUUAAUUUAAUAAAGUAUUAUGA